CUUCUUCAUUGAGUCAUGAUUGGCAUCCUUCUUUGGGCACCUGCAGAUCGCCAAUCAGAUGUUGGGCUCCAAGCUCCCUUUCAGCUGUCUUUGUUCGUAUGAGCUGUAUACACGCAUGUUCAAUCACCGGUCAGAUCACUUACCUGCAGGGAGGGUGGGCAGUUUGUCGCUUUAUUGAGACAAGCCUUCACAUACUGCUGCGUAGUGCGCUUUUCUUACUCCUGGCUCGAUCAGAGGGGACUCUGUGCCGUGUGCUCAAACUAAACGUCAACCGCGGGUAAUUCCCUUCGGUCUGAAAAGUCAAAACUCUCUGGACCUCGGUCGACCAACUGUAUUCAUUGGGAGACGCUUGAUACCGGUUCUUUGUCAUUCCUACCGUGGGCCAACAACAUGGGCAGUCCUUGGUUUACGCGCUCGGAUGAGCAUAAUCAAAACAACCAUCAUAAACAAAACGUCUCAAAUAACAUGACAGAGGUGGGCAUGGCUGCGGAGACUAAAGAUAUCUACCGGAAAAGCAGUUGGGACCCUUGGCAGGAGUGGACGGACGAGGAAAUCGGAGUCGAUGGAAGAUCAUCUCAAGCUUCAGCCAAAUACGCGCUCAUUGUCCGUCGCGAGAAGGAACAUGGUGAAAUUGAUGAGUCAGUUCUCUCCCUGCAUUCUAUCACAGUGCAGAGUCCACUGCUCAAAAAGAUUCUCGGUCCGGUUUUCAAGGGUUACAAGGGUAUCAACACCAACCUCAAGAAGCUCGAAUUCCAUGCGCCUUUUCGAGAGUUUUUCUAUAGAUGGGAGGAAUUUAAUCAAGCAGACCCAAGGAAAGAUUCAACCGAAGCCUCUGAGGAGUGUUUGCAUUACAAGCUUCUGGCAGAUAUCAUUCAUGCCGAGAUCAAGCCGCGUAUCGAACAAGCCACGGAUCUUCUCGAUAAUGGCGUUAUAUCGUUUGAUUAUGUGUGGACACUUUUUGAGCCUGACGUCGAAGUCUACACUAAGAUCGAAGGUCGUGAUAGGCUGUUCAAGUUGCUCACUGGUAAUUAUUCCAAGACACCAGAAGGAACGGUGGCAUACGUGCUCAGCGUGCGGUUUAUCGACACCGAUGGAGAUACCUUCGGGUACACAGAAACAAGCUUGACCAUAUUACCUUUUGAGAACGUCAUGCCAAUCUUGGAGCUAGCGGUUAUCCCGGCGCGUCUGUGCCCCGAUUUUGAUCAAGUCAGGGAACGACUCGUCCAGCGUGGUCGACUAUUUGAGAGCUUGCAAGGGAUCAACCACAAAAUGUAUUCUGGUAUGUAUAGUUUGUCUCACACGGCUUCAGGGGUCCCAAAGCAGCGUCAUGUGACAGAGGAGCGGAUCAUCAUAGACUGCAGAACAUUCUUAUGGUUCAAUCGUGGCACGACUGGUCUACUUCAGCCACUUGAGUCUUCGAAAAGCUUUGUGUUUCGUGGUAAUGAGCUAAGCCAUGAUGAAUCAGUCGAUUCUCUCGCUCAUAAACCUGUACCAACAAGACCAUACGCCACAAGAGUUCUGAGCAAUGGCUCAAAGACUUCAAAAGAUCUAUCCAGAAAGGGACUCUCCGAAAACCAGUAUGCACUCUGUACGAACGUCGUGAAAGGAUUUUGUUUGAAAACUAAAGAAUGGGGAUUAUUCGAUAUUGAGCUUGUCAAAGAUGUGGUAUGGAGCUCGACUGCCUUUGAUCAACUAGUGCUGCCGCAUGAUUACAAACGAAUUAUCCAGGCAUUUGUUGGUGCUCAGAUGUCUGGCUUAGACAACUUUGAUGAUGUGAUCAAAGGAAAAGGACGGGGAAUAAUCAUGCUUCUGAGCGGAGAGCCAGGAACUGGGAAAACCCUUACAGCAGAAUCUGUUUCCGAGAUCAUGCAAAGGCCACUUUACAAUAUGAGUGCUGCCGAAUUGGGUGAUGUUGCACAAGAAGUUGAGCAGAAGCUAGACUGUGCUCUCGAGCUCUCAACAAGAUGGGGAGCAGUCCUCCUGCUUGACGAGUGCGAUGUCUUUCUUGAAUGUCGAACUACCUCGGAUAUCAAACGAAACAAACUCGUCUCGAUUUUCCUCCGACUUCUCGAAUACUUUGAGGGUGUCAUGUUUCUGACGACCAACCGAGUCUCGGCCUUUGAUCCGGCCUUUGAGUCUCGAAUUCAUCUCACUAUUCACUAUCCCAAUCUGGAUUACACGAGUAGACUACACAUCUGGAAGACAUUUGUGAAUAGUAGCAACGAUGGGAGUAGUCUUUCCAAAGAUGAGCUGGACGAGCUAGCUGGUGUCGAGCUUAAUGGGAGGCAGAUAAAGAAUGUGGUCAAGACGGCAAGACUCCUUGCAACGCAUGAGAAGACUCAACUGGCUAUAGGUCAUAUCAGCACGGUUCUGAGGAUCAAGAAAGGGCUAGCAGGAGGGUCGUGGUGACUAAGCCCCAAGAGCAGAGAUCGGCACGUCUUGGUUCACAUCGUAGAGCGGUUCAAUAUCGCUAUGAAUAGAUCCUUUGGCCGAACAAUAAAGUCACAAUAUUAAAGUUCACAGUAGGUCACAUCCAGCGCUUCGUAAAACGGCCC